UCAGUUUCAUGUAUGACUCAUAAGCUGAAGCACAGACACCACUUCCCCAAUCUACAGGAGCCAUUUUAACAGCAUAAAACUUGCCGGAUUGCUUUUUAUUUUCAAGCCCAGAGGACAGCCUCUAAAGAGAACUCGAAUAUUUGAAGGCCAAGAAGUUCUAGAGAAGAAAAAUUGCAGAAAAAUUGCCUCUAUUUUAGUAAAAUCUCAGUGAACCAAGAAAAUUUUGAAGCACCUUCUCUAAAGAAAACCUGGGUAUACAGUAACUUCACAGACUUAGCUUGGUUUUUUUUACCCGAAUUAGUCACUGGAUUCUGCUGCCUGAUACUUGAACCUGCUUGGGAUUUUUCUCAUGUGGAUCUAAGGGGAAUGCUUUAUUAUGGCUGCUGUUGUCCAACAGAACGACCUGGUGUUUGAAUUUGCUAGUAACGUCAUGGAGGAUGAACAACAGCUUGGUGACCCAGCUGUGUUUCCUGCCGUAAUUGUGGAACACGUUCCUGGUGCUGAUAUUCUCAAUAGCUAUGCGGGUCUCGCCUGUGUGGAGGAGCCCAAUGACAUGAUUACCGAGAGCUCCCUGGAUGUCGCCGAAGAGGAAAUCAUAGAUGAAGAUGACGAUGACAUCACCCUCACAGUCGAAGCUUCCUGUCACAAUGGGGAUGAAACGAUUGAAACUAUCGAGGCUGCUGAGGCACUCCUUAACAUGGACUCUCCUGGCCCCAUGCUGGAUGAAAAACGCAUCAAUAAUAAUAUGUUUAGUUCAUCUGAAGAUGACAUUGUUGUUGCCCCAAUCACCCAUGUAUCCGUCACAUUAGAUGGGAUUCCCGAAGUGAUGGAAACUCAGCCGGUUCAAGAGACAUACGCACACUCACCAGGACCCUCAUCACCAGAACAACCUAAGAGAAAGAAAGGGAGAAAAACGAAACCACCACGACCAGAUUCCCCCACCACUACACCCAACAUAUCUGUGAAGAAGAAAAAUAAAGAUGGGAAGGGAAACACAAUUUAUCUUUGGGAGUUUUUACUGGCAUUGCUCCAGGACAAAGCUACUUGUCCUAAAUAUAUCAAAUGGACCCAGCGAGAAAAAGGCAUUUUUAAAUUGGUAGAUUCUAAAGCAGUAUCCAGGUUGUGGGGGAAGCACAAAAACAAACCUGACAUGAAUUAUGAGACCAUGGGAAGAGCUCUCAGGUACUAUUACCAAAGGGGUAUUCUGGCAAAAGUAGAAGGUCAGCGUUUGGUGUAUCAGUUUAAGGAUAUGCCAAAAGAUCUGAUUUAUAUAGAUGAUGAGGAUCCAAGUUCCAGCAUGGACUCUUCAGACCCAUCACUGUCUUCAACCACCACCUCGAGCAGGAACCAAGCAAGCCGGUCGAGAGUAUCUUCAUCUUGCAGUCCAGGGAUAAAAGGAGGAGCCACUACAGUGCUGAAAGCAGGGAAUUCUAAAGCCGCAAAACCCAAAGAGCCCGUGGAAGUGGCACAGCCGUCAGAGGUUCUGAGGACAGUGCCGCCCACGCAGACGCCGUACCCUACGCAGCUCUUCCGGACUAUUCACGUGGUGCAGCCGGUACAGGCUGUUCCGGAGGGAGAGACAACCAGCAGCGUGCAGGAUGAAGCAUUAAAUUCCUCCGUUCAGAGUAUUAGGACCAUACCGGCUCCAGCCCAGGUUCCAGUGGUUGUAUCUCCUGGGAACCAGCAUUUGCACACAGUAACACUCCAGACAGUGCCAAUCACGACAGUGAUAGCCAGCACAGACCCCUCAUCAGGUGCGGGGUCUCAGAAGUUUAUCUUACAAGCCAUUCCAUCAUCGCAGCCCAUGACAGUACUGAAGGAGAACGUCGUGCUGCAGUCGCAGAAGCAGGGCUCGCCCCCUUCCAUCGUCCUGAGCCCUGCCCACGUACAGCAGGUCCUCACCAGCAGCGUUCAGUCCGUUUGCAACGGAACCGUCAGCGUGGCUUCAUCUCCAUCCUUCAGUGCUACCACACCCGUGGUGACCUUUUCUCCUCGCAGCUCACAGCUGGUGGCUCACCCACCUGGCACUGUGAUCACUUCAGUUAUCAAAGCUCAAGAAACAAAAACUCCUGUGCAGGAAGUAGAGAAAAAGAUCGAAGAUAACUUGAAAGAAGGCACUGAAGAAACUGAGCCACAGCCGCAGCCUUAUGUGAUGGUGGUGUCCAGUUCCAAUGGAUUUACCUCUCCCGUAGCUGUGAAAAGUGAACUACUGGAACCCAGCGCUUUCUGAUUAACACACCAAAGGAAUUAUGGGUGGUUGUUUUUUAACUGAGCAUUUUCAAUUGUACGUAAACUGAUUGAUUUCUAAGACAAAUUCUACAAAUGUUCCUAACUUUGUAGUUACUUGUUAAAAACAGUAACUUAGAGCUAAUUUUGACUUUGUUAGAUGAGAGAGGAAAACCCAAGUGUUUCUCUUUGUUCUCCAGAUGUUUCAGAAUUCAUUUGUGAAGGAACAGGCAUUUUAUACUAUGAAGACAUUCUUUUGAGAUUUUUUUUUCCAACGGCUAUAUCAUAAACAUUUUUAAAGUUUCUUUUAAAAUUUUAUACCAUAUUAGCUUUUCUGAUUCUUUUGUAAAUACAGUACUUAAAUAUAAGGCAUCAGGAAAUUUAUAGAGGAGCUAUUUUCAUUCCACUUGUAUAGGUUAAGUCUUGACUGUUUCAAAUGCAAGACACCUAUUUUAUGCUUUGUUAAAAUUAUGAUUUCACUUGGAUUGACUUUAGUUUGUUGCACUGUAUAUUGAACUAUGACUAUGUAAAAUAUAACAUUAAAAAUUGAAAUGUGCCCACGAUAUGGCUGAACCUGUUUCCAAAGCAGGAUAGUGUAAAAGCAUCAGCCUACGAGUGGCUCUCCCCUUAGUGUGUAACCGUGGGCAAGCCACUUGGUCUUUCUGGGCCUCGGUUCUCAUCAGAGGAGGGAUGUAUUGGAUUAGACUAGAUGAUCUCUCAUUUCCUAUCUAGUUCUAAAUUUUAUGAUUCUAACCCCUAAGUUUUAAAGUUAUAUCAAUUAAAACAUUAUCAGCUUAUCUCCUAAUGUAAAUAUAGCUAAAAUAUUGCAGAAAAAUUAAUGGCCCUACAAAAUUCAUUUAUCUGUUAUUUGUAAGAUCUGCUAUGAACUGAAUUCUUCCUAAAUACUUUGUUCAUUAACUUUCUAGGCCACUGUGCAUUGUGGUCCCCUAGUAGUCUUAUGCUGCUGAGUGCUAAAUGAUAAACUGCUAUUCUGAAAGAGUCAGGGCUCUUUAAGGUCCCAGAAAGCAACCAAGCCUUGGGCUAACCUGACCUAGUCAGUUGCUAUAAAAGCGUAAUUGCUUUAUAUUUUGGAUCAUUUUUUUAUUGGGAGUGGGGGGAGGGGGAAUUGCAUACAAAGAUAAUAUACAUAUAUAUCCAAGUUUCUGAAAUGAAAUAGUUUUUAGAUUACCUUUUCAGCUGUAAAUAAUGUACAUUUAAUUUCACAAGAAAAAUUGUUUUCUGCAAAUUUUCUAGUAUAGCAAAA